GUACGUAAAAGAGAAGAUAAACACCUACGAGAAGCACGUUUUAUGGAUCUUCCUGUUAGUUACGGACGUUCAUUUGGUGGUGAAUAUGGUUGGAUAUCUCCAUUUGUAAUAGAAGUCAGACGAGACUUGAAGCUCGAGCCAGACGAUUUACCUUCGAAAAAACCAAGCAUGAUUCCAAUACUUGUCGAAAAGGCUGUACGUGGUAUUAUUGAAGAAGGUCAAAGUAUUGGAAAAAAAUGCGAAGCUGAAAAACUAGCUAAAAUGCUUCGAGAAAAGAAGAACGCAGGGAUCGAAGAAGUUUGGAAAUGCUGUGCUUAUCUUUAUACCUUGGAAAAUUUCUUGUACAAAACGUUAAAUGCAGCGAUGAGAUUGGUAGGACACAAAGAACAGGAAAAAGUAUGGCGAAGUAAAGUUCGUACAUUGGGUCCUUUCUGUUUAUUACUAUGGGAUGAUCCAUUUAAUACAAAAUUGACAACCAAAAAGACACUUUAUCGAGGAGCCACUCUAACUGAAGAACAGAUCACUGCGUAUGCAAAAAUGGCCGAAGAUGAUAAGGCUUAUGGAUCAUUUCAAGCAUAUACAUCAUGUAGCCGAAACCCUGUAGUAGCUGAGUUUUUUAGUGGAAACGUCUUAUUCAUCAUGGAAGUAUUAAUUGCUUUUAUUGCCGAUCUAAGUCCAUUGUCUAACUAUACUGCAGAAGAAGAAGAACUAGUUACACCAGGUGUUUGCUUCCGUGUUAAAAGUGUUGAAUUUGAUUGUAAGAAGAACAAACAUUUGAUCCAUUUGCAAUUAAGACAACGAUUUUCGCGUAAGUAG